AUGGCGCCACCAAAGAAGCCUGCGGGUCAGGUCGUACAAGCUGAAAUUGUGCUGCAACAAUCCUUGAAGAACUGUCUCGUGAACCUGCCCUCAUCGCUGGUUUCUGUGCUGGUGAAUGCGAAUACCGUCGCGCAGAAUGUCGUGGUCGAACUUUCAUACCGCCAAACUCCUCCAUCCGGUGCCUCAGAAUCGAAGAAUGCCUCGCCGCAGAAGUCGGUGUUCCUGGGAUGGACGGGCAUGCAGAGCAAGCGCAAGCUUGCUUCAGUCGUCAGUCGCGACGGACUGAGCGGUACAAGAGGUGGCCCCGCUGCCAGUCAACAAGAUGUCCAGACAAUUGAGGUGGACAUGACAUUCGCGCGUCUUAUCGGACUGAAUGAGGGGCAGAAGGUUGGGAUAUUACUGCACGUGGACCCACCACAAGCGCAUACCAUCAACAUUGAGCCAUUGACGCCUGUGGACUGGGAGAUGAUUGAGCUGCAUGCCCAAUUCUUGGAACUAAACUUCCUGUCUCAGAUACGGGCUUUGCCCAACCCGCAAGGCCCGUCGUCGCACCCGUUGACCCUCCACCUGUCGCCGACUACCACUGCAAACAUUAUCGUGACCUCGGUCGCUCCUGCACCGCCUACGGAAUCUCAGUUUGUCAAGAUUUCGCCUGAUGCGGAAGUAAUUGUUGCUCCGAAAACACGACAAAAGGCGGAACGAAGUACUGGGCGCGAAAGCCGGAGCGUUGGCGGAGCUUCGAGAAAGAGCGGAAAGAGUACCGCGAGUACUGUCAGGCGACGAAGCGGCCGAGACGAGCAAGCCAGUCGUGGGGUGGUGUUUCUUCGUGGAGUAGACCGAACUGUGGCAAAAGAGUGGUUUGAUGAAGAAGAUGCCUCAAGCGCAGAAGGACUCAAGAUAUGGGUGGACAAAGAUGUUCUUCUCACAAAAGCGCUAAGGGGUGUCGCUUGGGUGUCUGUGGCUGUCGUAAAGCCAGCAGGUCUGCAAGAGCCGGUUGAUAUGUCAAAAGAGCAGGAACAGGAGAAGGCCGCAGCGCGAGUCAUUGCCAGGAUCGGAACAUGGGAAGAUGCGCCGGAUAGUCGUCAUGUCGCUUUAUCGUCUGACUUAUGCCGAGUACUAGGCUGCGGGGGCUUCGUAGGCGGUCUGGUUCGCCUCGAAGCCGCGCCGAACCAAACCGCCAAACCGUCUUCUAUCAAACCGCAAGGUGCUGGCUCUAAAGACAAGGAUCCGUUCGUCAAAACAAUCAAGAUCUUCCCGUUUGCCUCGGUUGGAAGCCAAACAAAUGCCUCAUUACGGUUCGGUGGUGAAUCAAAACAGGAUCAUGAAGAGGCGAUAAAGCGAAUCAAAGAAGCCUACGGUAAACUCAACGGGCUCUUAGAUGGACCUGUCACUGAUGGCAUGGUAUUGCCUCCUACGAGCGACUCGACCUUGAGCUGGCAGGGUGGCAUAGUACGAUUUGAUCCACCACAACCUCCUUCCGGCGUUUCAUGGAUAUCUUUCCCAGAAAGAAAACUUGCUGUAGAACUUGGUGCAGAGGUUCCCGCGCCGUCAAGCUGGACGAGGGGCGUACAGCAAGGGGAUGCACUUCCGUCAACACAGCCAGCAUUAGUCGGCAUCGAUCCACUAAUCGAGCAGUUGCGGGCGCACUUGACGCACAGUUCGUCUGUAUUGCUAACCGGAGGGCUUGGUGCAGGCAAGACAGAAUGCGCUCAGCUCCUUGCCCACCAACUCCGCACUGAAUAUCUUUUCAACACCAUUUACUUCUCUUGCCGCAAGCUUGUCACUGACGAAAUCCGAGUGUCGACCAUCAAGGAGACACUCACCCGUCUAUUCGCCUCCGCAGCUUGGGGCGCUAGAUCUGGUGGCAAUGCGGUGGUCAUUCUUGACGACUUGGAUAAGCUGUGCCCGGUUGAAACCGAGUUACAAGUGGGCAAUGAGAACGGACGAAGUCGGCAUGUUAGCGAAAGUAUCGUGGCUAUUGUGCGACAAUAUUGCACCUUGGACACCGGAGUAGUACUGCUGGCUACAGCACAGGGGAAGGAGUCUCUCAACAAUGUCAUCGUUGGCGGGCACAUUGUGCGAGAGUACGUCAGCCUUAAGGCACCGAACAAGGACGGCAGGAGGAAGGUCCUCGAAAUGCUAGCUCAUCAGGAUGAAAAAACGCAGUCGAAGAUAACCAAUGGGAUAUCUCCUACUGGACAUGCUUUCCCCACAUCGCCAUCGAACAGUCGUCCCAGCACCUCGCACCGCAGCCAGCCAAGUGGUUCCAGUAUACAUUACAACGCCGAAACGGAAGAGGAUGGUUUUGUGGUGGACUCGUCGAUCGACUUCCUGGAUCUUGCUGGGCAGACCGACGGAUACAUGCCUGGUGACUUGGUCCUACUUACAUCGCGAGCACGAAACGAAGCCCUUAUACGCUCUGUCACAGACUCCUCCAAUACGACUUCGAUCUCAUUAACGAGGGAGGACUACACACAAGCCCUAGCUGGCUUCACUCCAGCAUCUUUGCGCAAUGUGACCCUACAGUCUUCUACUACGAAAUGGGACUCCAUAGGCGGUCUUCUUGAGACACGCCAGAUAUUGCUGGAAACACUGCAAUACCCAACGACCUACGCACCCAUCUUUGCGCAGUGUCCUCUACGCCUCCGAUCCGGUCUUCUUCUCUAUGGGUACCCUGGUUGCGGGAAGACGCUCCUGGCAUCUGCUGUAGCGGGCGAAUGUGGGCUCAACUUUAUAUCAGUGAAGGGACCGGAGAUUCUGAAUAAAUACAUCGGCGCAUCCGAGAAGUCCGUUCGAGACCUGUUCGAGCGGGCCGAAGCCGCCAGGCCCUGUGUGCUCUUCUUCGACGAAUUCGACUCGAUCGCCCCUAAGCGUGGCCACGAUUCGACAGGCGUCACUGAUCGCGUUGUCAAUCAAUUGCUCACGCAGAUGGAUGGUGCUGAGGGUUUGAGUGGUGUGUAUGUCCUCGCUGCUACCUCUAGACCGGACCUGAUCGAUCCGGCACUUCUCCGCCCAGGACGUCUCGACAAGAGUCUCAUCUGUGAUAUGCCAGCGUUGGACGAACGUAUUGAUAUACUAAAGGCCGUCACGCGAAAGCUGCAUCUCGCUCCAUCACUCUUGGAAACUGGUCCUGAGGGAGAGAACUUGCGCGAAAUUGCCCAAAGGACCGAAGGAUACUCAGGGGCAGACCUCCAGGCGGUGGUCUACAACGCUCAGCUUGAGGCGAUUCACGAUGUGUUGGGAGACACUGAGAUGGGCGACCCCACCAAGAGCGGAGACGCAAAGAAGAAGUCGACCUCGGAUGCUACAGGCAAGCAAGGGAAGGAAAACCGCGUUCCAGACUUCACACAUUUCCGGUACGGCGAUGCCCACACGACCCCGGAUGAUUCCAAGCCGAUUCCUUCCAGUCAGCUUAGCGAGCGUGCGCUCAUUGCACAAAAGAUUCAGGCACUCCAGGCGAUGCGAAGGAAGCAGAAACAGCUGCAGCACCAACAGAGGCCUGGCAGCAAAGACGAAGACGAUGGUGCCAAGGAGGAAGAAGACAGGAAAGAGCCUCAGAUCCAAUGGUCACAUAUCGAGAGCUCGUUAGCGACGACGAGAAGCAGCAUCAGCGCACAGGAACGACGCAGGCUCGAAGGCAUCUACAGAGAGUUCGUCGUCGGGCGCAACGGCGAGAUGCCCAGCGGACAGGGCGGAACCGAGAUCGGUGGCAGGACGAGCCUGAUGUAG